AUGCCGAAAGCAAUUUCUUCUCAAAAAACUUUAGCAAGACGUUUCCAUUUACAAGGAAUAGAUUCUGCUAACUUACAACCAAUCACAAUACAUAGUUCUUCUUUGGUUCAAAAUGUUGAACCGCAAAAACAGAAACUUGUUAGUCCUCCACCUACUUUAGUUUUACCUUUCCCACCUCAAAUAAAUCCUGAGGAUUUAAUGAACUGUAAAACUCGUAAGCUUCCUUCGAAGCCACCAAAUGCUUUCUUUAUUUAUCGUAAAGUAUAUACAAAGGAAUUGGUUGCUCAAAAUUUGAGAUUUAAAAUGACUGAUGUUUCUCCUUGGGUUUCGAUCUCUUGGAAACGUGAAUCAAAUGAAGUAAAAGAUAAAUAUAAAGCAAUCGCUAAAGAAGUACGCCAACUCUACAAACAAUUAAAAUUGAACUCUGGUCAAGUCGAGGAUAACUCUAGUUCUACUUGUGAAUCAUCUCCUUCAUCAGGGUCUUCUUCUCCACCUCUUUCAGAUAAUCAAUAUUUAUCUUCAUUAUUUUGGAUAAUGCCUACGGAUACAGAUUUCUUUCAAUCUUCCGAAUUUCCUACAUCACCUGAAUAUUUUUCUUUAUGGCAAGAUGAUAAUAAUACUUUCCAAAGCCUAUCUCCUAGUAUGUAUGAAAAUUUAAAUACUGAUUUAUCAUACGAAUCAUACGAGUUUAUAGACUUGGAUUAUUCACAAUACCUCAACGAACAACUUGACGUUGAACAACCUUUGAUACAAACUGAGUGUCUAACUUCUUUCGAAUAA